AUGGGAGACUGGAGCUUUUUGGGGAACAUUUUGGAGGAGGUGAAUGAACACUCCACUGUAAUCGGUAGAGUUUGGCUCACCGUCCUGUUUAUUUUCCGGAUCCUCAUUUUGGGAACAGCUGCCGAGUUUGUGUGGGGAGAUGAACAGUCUGAUUUCGUAUGCAACACCCAGCAGCCUGGUUGCGAGAAUGUCUGCUAUGAUGAGGCCUUUCCUCUGUCCCACAUCAGAUUGUGGGUCCUGCAGAUCAUCUUUGUCUCCACACCAUCCCUGGUGUAUGUGGGGCAUGCUGUACACCACGUGCGGAUGGAAGAGAAAAGAAAGGAGCGAGAAGAGGCAGAAAUGAGUAGGCAGCAGGAAAUGAAUGAAGAGAGGCUGCCGCUGGCUCCUGAUCAAGGGAGCAUUCGAACCAAAGGAACCCUCUUAAGAACCUACAUUUGUCAUAUUAUUUUCAAGACACUUUUUGAGGUGGGCUUUGUGGUUGGCCAAUAUUUCCUGUAUGGUUUCCGGAUCCUCCCACUGUACCGUUGCAGCCGUUGGCCUUGCCCGAACACAGUAGAUUGUUUUGUCUCCAGGCCUACAGAAAAGACUGUGUUCAUAAUGUUCAUGUUGGCUGUGGCAGCAGUGUCGCUUUUUCUAAAUGUGGUAGAGAUCAGCCACUUGGGAUGGAAAAAGAUCCGUCUUGCAUUCCGAAGGUCGGCAGAUCAUCAACCCCAACAGCUGGGAGAAGUUUCACAGAAGCCCCUGCACUCCAUAGCCAUCUCUUCCAUGCCAAAGUCUAAGGGUUACAAAUUGUUGGAGGAAGAAAAGGUUGUCUCCCAUUUCUACCCAAUGACUGAAGUGGGAUUAGAAGCUAGUCCCACUUCCUACACAAUUUAA